AUGGAAGUAACCUUACUGAGAGCCUUUGUGGGAUUGGGACACAUUAUUUGCCUUGAUGCUCUAAGAAUCCAAGAUAAAUCGGUAGGGUACCUUUUUACAGGUUACGGACAUGCUGCCCCAGGAACAGAUGCGGGAAAGGCCUUUUGCAUGUUCUAUGCGGUCCUGGGGAUCCCACUGACACUCGUCAUGUUCCAGAGCUUGGGCGAGCGCAUGAACACCUUCGUCAAGUACCUCUUGAAACGCAUCAAAAAGUGCUGUGGGAUGAGGAGCACCGAGGUCUCCAUGGAAAACAUGGUCACUGUGGGUUUCUUCUCCUGCAUGGGAACACUCUGCAUUGGAGCAGCAGCCUUUUCCCAGUACGAGGAAUGGAGCUUUUUCCAUGCUUACUAUUACUGCUUUAUAACAUUGACUACGAUAGGUUUUGGAGACUAUGUGGCCCUGCAGACCAAAGGGGCCCUUCAAAAGAAGCCUCUCUACGUGGCUUUUAGCUUUAUGUACAUUCUAGUGGGGUUGACAGUCAUUGGGGCAUUUCUAAAUCUGGUUGUUCUCAGGUUCUUAACCAUGAACAGUGAGGACGAGAGGCGGGAUGCUGAGGAACGGGCGUCCCUGGCAGGGAACCGCAACAGCAUGAUUAUCCACAUCCAAGAGGACUCCCAGCAUGGUCGGCCACGGUACAAGGCCGAAGUAACAGACCUUCAGUCAGUUUGUUCCUGCAUGUGUUACAGGUCCCAUGAGUACACCAGCCGGGUGGUCUCCCACCAAAAUUCGUUCAGCUCGAAGCUGAACCCCCAGUACUUUCACUCCAUCUCUUACAAGAUAGAGGAGAUCUCGCCAAGCACAUUAAAAAACAGCCUUUUCCCAUCUCCUGUCAGCUCCAUCUCACCUGGGUUGCACAGCUUUACAGAAAACCACAGGCUGAUGAGAAGGCGAAAGUCCAUUUAAAGUGAUUUGUCUUCUUUUGCUUUCCUUGUUUUCUCCAGUCCUUCUCUGUUGUUUUGUUUUUUUUGUUCCUUGAGUGAGACGGAGUGAGGCCAAAGGGAGUAGAGAAAGCCAGUCCUCCUCUGAGACUCAGCUCUUGAGCAUGAAGCAUGGAUUAUUACUGUUCCAGCAAAGUAUGCCUUACAUUACCCCCUCGGUGGAUGUCAGAGGAUUCAAGGUGACGUGAAGUGGGUACCAAAUCCAAAGUUGCACACACAGCUGGGAGCCUUCAUGUGCCACUGGCACUCCUGACCUAAUAAACUAUUUUCCUCAUGGGCAGGUUGCAGCGUGCGAGCGUGCUUGUGUGUGUGUUGGGUGUGUGUGGGUGUGUGAGCGUGCAAUUCCACAACUAGUGCCAUGCGACAAAAAUUAAAGCAUCAGGUAUUAUUUUUUUCCCUUGAGGCAAUUGUGUUCCAGCCUGCUUUUAUCUUUUCGAUUGCUUCCAAACAGAAUGGGGAGGUGGGGAGGGGAGCCAAUUUGUUUUUUUCAUUUGCCAAGACAAGCAUGCGCCAUAAGCAGUCAAUAUACCAGGUGUAUCAUGAUAAAUUUUUUAAUGCUAGAUUUUAGAUUGUAUUAUCAUUACAAAAAGGCAGGAAAUGAUGGAUCAUUUUAACUUGCCAGUUCAAAAUUUAAAAAGUAAAAUAAAGCAUGCACUUUGUAAAACUGGUAUGCAUAAUAAAAACACAAGAAAAACUAGCAAUGGAAUUAAUAAUCAAAAGCAAGUAAUCCUAUUGAUUUAACUAUAUUUUCUUUCAUCAUUUGAAACUGUUCCAACAAUUUGCAGAUGGAAUUAUUUAAGGUAAAUUGGAAAAACUGUUGGAACUAAGGAGUGUGUUUUGUUGUUUUUAUUUUAUUUAUAAAAAUUAUUAUUAAUAAUAUUAUUUUUAUUUUAUUAUCAUUAUUUUAUUGUGCAGCAAUUACCUGCAUGAAUAGGAAUUCUAUUUUUUUGAAUGCUUGGAUUAGGAUGGGUAUAAAUAGGUGGAUGUAUAUUUUUUCUUAUAUAAUAGUGACAGAGCAUUCCUUGUUUUAAAUAAAAAAUAAAGAUGAUUGUCUCUAAAUGCUUUUGAUUUGUAAAUAAUGGAAAGCCUUUGUUGGUCUCAGGAAGAAUUCAAGGGACAGUAUCUUGUGUUUGGCUCACUGGGAACUUGUGAGAUUAGAUGUGAUAUUGCUUCUUUGCUAUGCGCAAAGGCAAAAUGCAUUUAGCACUCAUGGGCAAAAUCAGCUUUACUCCAGUGUUUAGAGGUUGCCACUGGGAGUGAUUGCAUUGGCAAGCUGUAGUAGACGAUGUUGAGACCAUGUGAUAGAGUUGUUCCUUGGAGAUCAUCCACUGCUUGGUUACUCAUCUGGACCAAACAGACUUUACAAAACCAAAUUAGAGGCCUAAUCCAGCUCCCUUUUAAGACAAUAGGAAUUUGCAGUGAUUACAUAAGAUUUAGUGCUUUGGGAGAUUUAUCUUUGAUUUGACGGGGGUAGGACUGGGAAUUUUAUAAACCUGCAACAUUGUCUUUGAUUUAAUCCUAUCUUUCAAAUCGCCUUCUGUGUUAAUUUGUCAUACAAAGCACAUCUUUUUUUGGCACUAUGCACCUCCUGCUGAUUCUACCAUUUUGUGCUUUCAGCGUAAAAGCAAUAAUCCUCUAUAUUUUACUUUUUUUUUUUUGUUAGCUAGUGUAUUUUCACAAAAAACCCAGCUCUGAGCUCUGUGUGCUAACGGACGUUGAUAUCCUUUCAAAAGGGCAUCUAUAAAGAGCAUUAAAAGGGAGAAAUAAGGAAUACCCUUCUUUCUCUGUUCUCCUUGACUUUAAGUUAUUAACAAUAUAAAACACGUUUGUGUUCUCCUAAUUUUGAUAUCUGUGUUUCAACAAGUAAAUGAAAAGCAAGCAUCCAUACCUUUAAGUUCAACAUGUAACUUCCUUUGGGAUUUUAAAAUGCUGUGGCAUGAAAAUCUCCAUUAAGAUUAGUGAAAAAAUAACUUGGAAUUCGUAAUGAGGAUGGAUGAGAAUGGACUUUUCCAGCCUAGCAUAUGGGAAUAACUUUUGUCAGUGUAGUAGAAGAGCAUGCUGGAUGCAUUAAUGAUGUGCUGCUUGCACCAUGUCCUGAGGCAAAUGCUGAUGGCAAAAGUGUUGAAGCAAGAGUACCUAGAAAAGCAGCUUCAGGAUGUAUUAAAGCACUCCAGUCAAAACCACCUAGAAGCUAGUUUCUGAAGAGUGGGCCAUAGGGUUCACAGUACUGUCAAAUUCUCUUUCAUAGAUUUCCUGACAGUAUCCCAGAACUGCAAAUAAUUGUAGGUUUCUUUUCCUGCUAAGGAGAUAAGAAAGAGUAUGUACAUGUCCACAUCAUGUAGAAGUGCUGAUGUAUACAUGACACUUGGGAAAAGCAGGAAAUCUUUGGGAUGUUACAGAUUUCAAGAGGGUGAAAUGCCAUCUGCCUAUUAAAGAAAAACGUUUGUAACAGGCCUUGUAACCAAAACUUUGGACAGUUUUGUCAAAAAGCAAUUACGUUUUUGAAAGCAUCACUUUGCCUUUCAUUUCUUCCUUUUAGAAAAAGAAAAUUCUAUUUCUGCUGCAUACAAAAAUAAUUUUAAAUGUCCUGUAAAUCGUAUUGAACUCCAGAAUUUCAGAGCUGUUACAUAUUCCAGCUGAGUUAUUACUCAUUCUCAUCUCUGAAACCAUAAGUGAAGUUAAAUGAAGGGUAUAUUUUAGUACAGGUGGUAUUUAACCAGGGGAGCAACUUAUCUAGUGGGUCAUGGGCUAUCUGCCAAUGAGAGUCUUUGUGUUAAAACACAGUGGCUUUCUAAAUGCUCUUGUGUAGCGUAUUCGUAGUUUAUGGAUGUGGAUAACGAAAUGUAUAUGUGCUGAUAUGAAGAGGCCAUAUCCACAGUGAUACUCUUCAGAUGGUGAGUUUGUGGGAGGGCAUUUGGGAAAAGUGUCUGCAUUCCUUAGGAUUUAAAACUAUUUUCAUAUAGUUCUACUUUCAGCCUGAAGAACUCAUGAUUCUGUCCAUUCUAUAUUUCUGGUGCGCCUGAGACUUUGAAGUGGUAGGACAUUUCCUCUGCAAGCCUCCUUGCAUUCAGAUAUUCACAUGAACUCCCACAGAACUUUUCUUUGUGAACAGCCACAGAUACAAGAAUGCUUGUGUGAAGCCUCAGUAAACCAGGCAAAAUAUGCUGAAAAUGCUUCUCUCUCUCUUUUUUUUGUGGUACUUGACUGAUGUGUGAAUAAUGGCUUGGGCUGUCUGGAGCUAGAACAGGCAGCAUUACAAAAAAGUUGCUUUUGUCAGGGGUUAAUACCAGCUUUCCAGCAAAACAUGCAAAAUCAGUCAGUGAACGGUGAUUUUUGUCUGUUCCAUUUCUGACUACUUACUGACCUAUGUGAAUAUCAGCUUUCUUCCCCAGUGCUGCUUUUCACAGCAUAUUUUCUCUGGUAUGCUAUUGGUUUAAUUCCUCUUAAGGUAUUAUUUCUUUCAGGAGAGCUUUUCUUGCUGUCUAGUCACUCUUCAGAAGCAAGUCUACUGAUGAGAAGACAUUCUAACAUCCAAAGUACCUAACCUAUGUUUCCAUAGCGCGCAAACUUUUGAUAUCACUUUGUGAUGCACUGUCAUUCCCCAGAGUCUCAUUUCCCCUAUUAUUAAGCAUUAGAAAUAAUAAUAAUAAAUCAGAUUAAUCUAUUUAUGUCACACUAAUGUGCUGUUCAUCAAAACAACACAAAUUUAGCUCCCUGCUGUCAACUUUGAUUACAUAACAACCCUAUUAUCCUAUCAUAUUUCAUAUUAUUAUCAAAGGAAAAAAAAUCGGUUUGAUCUGUGCAGCACCAAAAUAGCUUUGUCUGAGCAUGCUGUGAUGUGGAAACAAAAGGGGAAACAAUAGAACUGUACAGGCACAACUCUGCUUGGUCUGCAUCACUACACAAGGAAGGUCCUAACUGUCUUAACUAGGGCUUCUUUGCCAGAACUUUGUAUAUAUAUAUAUGCUUUACAAGGAUAAUUGUAAUGGGACUUACGUAGAUGGAGUGUCUGGAUGGUAGUUAAAGGAUACAGAAUAGGUCUUGGUUGUUAUUAUAUGGAGAAGAUGUACAGUGAUAUUCGGCAGUAGACUUCUUUUUGGAUUCUUCUGUAGUAGCUCAUUAGAACAGAAUCAUCAGCUUAAAGGAAAUAAAAGAAAGAAAAAAGGAGAAGUGACUAAAUUAAUCUACUGUAAUAUAGGUUGUCUCCUUAGUUUCUUAGUGCUUCGAUCGAAGAAAUGCUAGAGCAGUAAUCAUGAUUUCUGUGCAUUCAUCUUGAGCAAGGUAAUUUCUUGUUUUCUGUGAUAGGUUUGAAGCUUUUGUUAUGGGAAAAAAAAAAAAGGAAUCAUUCAUUGUAGAAAGCUUAAAAAAGAGCAGCCAAUGUAAUCGGGAUGGAGAAAGGAAAUGUUCCUUUCCUUUGCUCCUCUGCGGACCAAAGAGCAAGGGCUUGGGUGGAAGUAGCUUUCAGUUGAAGUUUAUGUCCUCAUUUAGCUUUAUGUAAUACUCCUGUUAAUAUUAGGAUCCAAUUAAGACAGUCAUUUAAAAUCUUUAUGAGGAAGCCAGACCAGAGAGAUGUGUUGGAGUGUGUCCAUUACACUAAUGUUAUGGACUUUUUAAUGCAUAUUUCAACAAGACACAGUUAUUGACUGGAAUCUGCACAAAUUACAAUGAGAAUUGUGCCACCGCUACUGUCAACAACUAGAACUGCAGAAUACUCACAGAGCUGAAAAAGAAGUAGUCUUACAAAGCAGCCUGCCUGUCAUCUGUCUUUAAUAUCAAACUUUAUUUUGGGAACUUCAGUAAGACAAACCAUGUGAAAAGGAUUAACCACCAUAAUGAUGCACCAAAAUAAAAAUAAAUAGAAUAAUGAUAUUGGACACAGAGAAAUUGAUUACAGAUGGAAGGCACUUUGGGACGUUUACGCUAGUUAAUCUGAGCUCUGAGACUGAAGUAGAGCCAUGAAAACUGUUGGCAGCCUUCUCCAAAAUGCAGUUUGCAAUUAUUUAAGAUAUAGAUAACAUCUUGUGGCAGAAAAACUUUCACCAGGAAAAGAAAGACAUUGUUCUCAAGAGGAGGGGUAGUUUCCAAUCAAAAACACCAGUGAGGUGGUUCUGAAGACAGUCAUGCUUUGAUCUAGAAUAAGGGUAGAAUCAGACUGGGAGAUGUUCUCUGCUCAGACAUAGUCUAUGCUUUGCCUUACUAGCUUGAACAGAAAUUGUCUUGUGGAUGAUUUUUGAUCACCAAUCCUGUUUCCUAACUCUGAGUUCACAUUCAUGACUCUCCUGAUCCGUGGGUCAGGUUUUUACUGCUUUCUUCAGUGAAAGCAAGACGCUAUUCAGCCUGAGUAACGCUGAUAUGUUUUGCAUACCUGAGGUGGAUGUUACAGCUGUUGAGCUGGCCCUAGCUGGACUGUCCUCUGGAGUUGGUGUCUUUAUGUUGCUGUGAACUGGUAAGCUAAAGAGAAAUACAAGUCUCAAGGGCAAUUUUUUGUCAUGUAGUCUUUCAGUAUGGUAACCUAGGCGAUUUGGUUGCAACACCCAAAACUAGGAUGAGUCUCUAUUUAUACAUCUCUUAUUGAAACUGCAAUCAGAGACUCUUUCUACAUACUCUGAUAUAUCUGUAUCUCCAACUAGUGCUUGCCGUGAACAAAUUUUCCUAAACCUAAUGAUGGGAGUAGAAAGACUUGAAGAUAGCAGUCAACAUGUACAACUUAUGCAAUUGUAGUUUGCUUUAUGGAAUCCAGGCAACCAAAGCUGGCUGCUAAUUUUAGGCUUGAAAUAUUUUCGCCAGAGCUUCAGCAUUCUGUUGUCUCUCCUUUUGUGAACACUGUAAUUAGCAAAUAUCCCAAAGCCCUCCUUCACCUUACUUUCUGACCGUGUAAGAAGUGCUGUCAUACAUUAAUACUCCAAAGAGAUUGGAAAGACAAAAAAAAAAAAAAAAGAAAAAUUAAUGCUGCAAUUUUAUUAGUAAUUAAUAUUCAAAGUUCGAAACUCUUUUGUCUUUUAGUUCACUUUGAGAAAUGCAGAGCAAACAGCAGCAUGAUAACAUUUAUUAUAGCUGGCUAAUUCACAAGUGGAACAAGCAAAUAUAAUAAUUGAAACUAUGCACCAUAAUGCAUCUUCCUUGUGCAUGAGUUCUGAUACUGCUAGCCUGGCUUUGAUUCAUCGUUUAUCUAGUCUGUGGAACAGCUUGCAGUAAUUGCUCUAUCCAGAGCAGUAUACUUGAGGCUAGAAAAAAGAUCCAUUGCACAGGCAGUGGCCCCUCUGGCUUUUUCUAUAUUUCCCCCCCUUCCCUACUCAGACAUUAACUCAUUAGCUUGCCAUUUUGUAGAUGUAUGUUCAAACCCAGGAUCACCACAUUCUGUACUUUCCCCCGUCAUGCAUUAAUGAAAAGCAUUAUGUUAGAGAACUGCACCCUGGGGAAGGAAAUGUUCCACUCUAAUUACUACUGACAAAAGAAAUCUACAGAUUGAUUAAAAACAAGAUGUGGGGAGUCAAAUACAAAAUGUGAAGUGCACAAACCUGCAUGGGUGAAAUCCACUUUUGCCCUGAUUGGGAUGCCACACAUUAGCCUGCGUGGAGAAUUUGGUAGUGUGUUCGUCUGAGGGAAGGCUUGGGCAUCAGCAGAAAGUGCAAACAGUGUAAGCCUAUAAAGAGACACAGUGCUUUACUCACUAUAUGUAGAUAAGGUCUGUGAUAUGGUUCCAAAUUAAGGAAAAACCGUGUGUCUUCUGUGUUUAGCCUUUUUGUAGCCAUCUGCCACUGUCCUCCCAGGCAGGAGUGGCAGGAGAUGUGGGAAGGAUGGAGCGUAACAGUUCCCUGGUGGAGUGGAUUGUCACUGGUGAGACCACAUUACGAUGCUGAUGUUAAACUGGGAGCAGGAAAAAUUGUGUCUCCCAAAGCCUCUUCCCUCCACUGUCCUUGGAAGAGAUCAGCAACAUCAUCCAUCCUGUCGCCCGAUUAAAAUCUGUGCAGUGGCUCAGAAAGACUUGGAUUGUGGUGUCCUUGCUCAUCUUUGAUACCACAUCCCCAUAAUUAUUCAUCAUUAUUAUUCAUAAUUAUUGUUAAAAGGCUAAUUAAUUUGAUAACAUUAUUUAAUUAGAUUAGCUGAAUUAGAGCAUGUAAAAAAAAAUGAUUUGGCCUCCCAGAGUCUGAAAUCUAAGUCUGAAGUCUACUUUCCAAAAGGCCUGCUUGGUAGUGUCACUGCUGACAUGGAGGUCAUGCCACAGGUGUCCAGUUGACAAUGUUAUCUUGGCACAUUGACUGGAGCUGCUCAUGGGAGCAAGGAAAGGAUUUUAGCUCAGAUCUGAUAUAUGGAGUGAUGUGUUUAACUUUCACUGAACUAAAUAGCAGUUUGAAUGUAUUUGGGGAGGUCUGCUUUCAGCCUGAUGUUGUCUUACUUGCAGAGAAAAGAACCAGUGGUGUGUCUUAGAGAGAGAUAGCAUGAUCUAGAGGGGUGAGUAUUUCAGGAUGGAGCAUGGUACUGGUACCCUUUUAGAGUAUCCCUGAAGGUUCUCAGCUGUGCUGUGUGAGAUAGCUUAUGCUUCUAAGAGAGAGCCCAAAUCUGUCAGCCUGGUAGGGCUGAGCAUAGGGAUGGUUUGCAAACUGGUGAAUGAAGAUGGUACAACUGAGUUCUCCAUAACAAGCUGGAGUGAUGAGGGAGCUGAUUUUAUAUGUAUCUUCCCAAGGCCUCUCUGAGUAAGGUUACAGAGCAACAGAGUGGAUUUCCCUGGCUUCUGAGUGAGGGUGCUGAAGGUUGGGGCUUAUUUCUAACACACAUUUGUAGUGCACCGGGCAAGAGCUCAGAGAAGCAAAUGUCUGGGAAUCCAAGAGUAGGGCCAUCUGCAUUUCUUUUGUAAGAUAUGAAUAACACUGCUAGUCCUCUUCAUAGGUGAGUUGCAAAGAUUUACAAGGAAGUGUCUGUCUUGGACUGUGAAAUUACUGCGUGGUGGGUCUCAUUGCUCAGCAUUUGGCUUAGAAAAGAAUUGUGAUAUUAUGUAGGAGAGGGGGAAAAGCAACACUCAAACAAUUUGUACUUUGAAAAAGGAGGCAGAUUAACAUUUAUCUUUUUUUUUUUCUUUUUUUUUCUUCAUUUGUGACUUCUCUUGAGACACCAUACCUGUUACAGGAAACAAAUCUUCCCUACAUCACAAAGAAGCCAGACUUUCUAUUGUGUUUGUGGCAGAGCCUUUGGACAGAUCCAUAAUCAUUUUUUUCUAGUGUUUCUUUUAAGGAGCUUUGUAUGCUUCUCUGAUCUUUCUGAUUUGAAGCAGUUUUCAACUUCUUGGCUCCAGUUGCUUUUCAAUAACAGCUUUUUCAAUGUGACUACUCUUUGUAGAAUUCCUGUCACAUACGUUUUCCAGCAAAGAUGGAUAUCAUACUGCUCCUCCUUAGCAUAUAUUUUCAAUUCCCAGUGUGGAAUGAUACUGCAGUCAGAGACAACAGUAGGAAACUUCUCUUUAUUGUUAAUACUGAGCUGUUUCUAUUCUUUUCUGAAGAUCAGUGCAACAGAAUCUGGUGCAUUCACCACUGAGAACUCAACACAAGUUAGUGAUCCUGAUCUCAUGCUGAUUUACCUCCUUUUUGACUGCUCAGCUGCAUGUGCAUUGUGCCCAAGUCGCUAGUUGUGCAGGAACAUUAUGCAGAUACUGCAGAGUAUGUACACUAAGUGUGUAACAGGAUUGAGAUCCAAGCAUCCAGGUUACAUGAGGGUUGAGACACCAUUGCACUAGCAGUGGAUUUUAUUAAGAUAUUUCCUGGGUAUCACUCUGGGUGCCUCUCAGUCUUUAACAAGUUUGGUCGGUCCACUCAAAGUUAGUUUGGGUGCAAGCACUGUUGGGUUGAACCCUGUAUGAUAAAAACAAACUAAUGAAUGUUUCAGAAGGAGUUCUGUCUACUACAAACCUUUUUCACAAAUAGCUAAUGAAGAGAAGUAAUGAGAGACUGGCUCUUUCUUUAGAAUGCAACCCUAAUCUGAAUUUCUUUUACAGAAGGUAAAAGCAGGAAGGUUCUUAAAAUGUGCUAUACAACCAAUAAUCCAGCUGCUGCUUUUUUGCCUGGUCAGGAGUGAUCUGUGGAAGAAAAAACUGUUUUCUUUUUCCUCUUCCCUUGACUUGUUAAGAUUUGUGUGGCUGUUUGUUGCCAUUGAGGAGUAUGGACAAAAACUUUUGAUCUUAGUGUCAUAACGGCAAACAAAAUUAUUUGGAGCUGGAUAGGUCAAAGGAGAACGGGAGGGGGGCUUAUAAGUUGUUUCCAGUAGGCCAAAAGAAUGUGGAUACUGUCUCUUCAAGGUGCAAUUUCUUACUUCAACAAACUGUUCAUCUAAGAGAAACAGGGAUAAAAGUGUUCAAUUUGGGACCUAAGGAGUUUGUAUGGAAAUUCUUGGAUUUCUUCCAAACACACAUACAUGUUGAAACUAAAUUGUGAUUCCUACUUUGGAGACUGAGCCUUCCUGCUCAGACAGAAGCGCGUGUGUAUGUGUGUGUUUGUGAGUGUGUGUUGAUGCUAUGUCUCUUUUGGAUCUCUUGACACUUUUUGGUGCAUUUUUGUACUUCUUUGAAUGUGCAUAUGCGUACUUACCGAUGGCAUAUUGACGGCAUUCUAAAGGCCCUCGACAGCCUGAGACAGAGCAAAAGUCUCUUACAUUUCUGCCCUGGUUGAUACAUUUUCUGUGCAGCACACAGAGCAUUAGAAGCAUAGUCCUUUGGAAAGAGGAAUGCUAUAGAUGCUUGGCUGUGGACUGCACUGAGAAUUUACCUCCUGUAAGCAGUUUUCUCUGCUUAUUUCAGACCUCUAACUUCAACAUAGUUGUUGAGAUGGUCCUAGCAAAGGAGAAAGAGAAGGUCAUAAGCAUCAAGAUGUGAUUUGUGAAAUCAGUGAUAACUUGAUUACAGAGAACCAAAUUAAAAAUCUUUUGUGUUUUCAUUUCUUUUUCUGGCCUUCUCCAUAAUGGGAGAGAAUGCCUUCACACAUGGCCUUAGAAUGCCGUACUGGAGUUAGAAUGCAACAACAGUGAAAUGAAAAUAAGAUGUAUUGCAGCUUACAUAAAGAAUGAAAACUGUAUCACACAAAUGUUUACAAGUCCAAGUAGACAGCGAACCCCUGUACAAUAUGUAAUUUAUGCAAGGGAUUGCAUCUUUCUUUUGUAAUGAAUGCACUAAGCAACCCUGUAUAUAUUUUACAAUGUCUUUACAGAGAAAAAAAAAAAGAAUCAUUUACUGUAGUGUUGUAAAAUAAUGCACUUUUCUAAUUUUUUCAUUAAAAAUCCUAUGGCACGUUUUCAAAUGUAUAUUGUUUCUUUUAUAUAGAAUGUGGAAAUGUUAACUUCUUGUAAAAUUGCACUACAGAAGUAAAAUCCACUGAUGGAACCUAUUUUGUUAAAGAAAAGUUCCUUGACAACCAACAGAUGUUUAUGAUAAUACAGUAUGUAUGUGUGUGCAUAUAUGUGCAUACAGUGUAUAUAUAAUGUAUAUAUAUGUAUAUGCACACACACACAUAUCUAGUGCUGUGUAUAUAUAUAUAAAAUGAUAUAGGUCCAGAUUUAUAUAUGAU